AUGGCCCCCGCAGCCACCGGCCUUUCUCUGAAGCCAAAUAUUGGUGUUUAUACGAAUCCAAAGCAUGACUUGUGGAUUAGCAAGGCCGAGCCUACCGCUGAGAGUGUUUCCGCCGGCUCGGACUUGAAACUCGGUGAGGUGACAGUUGCUAUUCGAAGUACCGGUAUUUGCGGCUCUGAUGUUCACUUUUGGCACGCUGGCUGUAUCGGCCCCAUGAUUGUGGAAGGAGACCACAUCCUGGGUCAUGAAUCUGCUGGCGAUGUCAUCGCGGUGCACCCGUCCGUCACAAACUUGAAGGUCGGGGACCGCGUGGCAGUUGAGCCCAACAUCAUCUGCAAUGCUUGCGAACCCUGCUUGACGGGGCACUACAACGGCUGUGAGAAAGUCGCAUUCUUGUCCACUCCUCCCGUGCCGGGGCUUCUACGCCGAUACGUCAACCACCCGGCUGUCUGGUGCCACAAGAUUGGCGACAUGUCGUAUGAGAACGGCUCACUUCUCGAGCCCUUGAGUGUAGCCCUUGCCGGCAUGCAGCGAGCCAAGAUGCAGCUCGGAGACGCAGUCCUGGUCUGUGGUGCCGGCCCAAUCGGCCUGGUUACCAUGCUGUGUUGCGCCGCCGGUGGUGCUAGCCCCCUCGUCAUCACGGACAUAUCAGAGAGCAGACUCGCUUUUGCCAAGGAGCUGUGCCCCCGAGUAAUUACUCACAAGAUCGAACCCGGCUCUGCCGAGGACACGGCAAAGGCCAUUGUGAAAACAUUCAAAGGAGUCGAGCCCGCCCUGACCAUGGAGUGCACCGGUGUCGAGAGCAGCAUCGGUGCCGCCAUCUGGGCAACCAAGUUUGGCGGCAAGGUGUUCAUCAUUGGUGUUGGAAAGAACGAAAUCAACAUUCCAUUCAUGCGCGCCAGCGUGCGUGAAGUCGACAUUCAGCUGCAAUACCGGUACAGCAACACUUGGCCUCGGGCCAUUCGCCUGGUGGAAAGCGGUGUCAUUGAUUUGUCGAGGUUGGUGACGCAUAGGUUUCCCCUUGAAGAUGCCGUGAAGGCCUUUGAGACGUCGGCAGACCCCAAGAGCGGGGCUAUCAAGAAACACGCGUUCUCGGGCUUUAAUAACGGCAGAGUCAACCGUUUGCUUGCACCACGACGCUCAGGAGUCGGGAUUCAGGAACAUGUGCCUGGCCAAGACGCAUCCGAAAACAGCCUAGCGCCGACCAACCACGAACCAUCCAAUCCAAUCGGCCCAGGAAACCAGCUCACGAAUUCUCCCGAGCUUUUUUUCUCCCUCAGCCAGAAACAGCCGACCACGAACGCCCCAAACCGCCGUCAAUUGCUCCCGCAGCGCAUCAAUCCGCACCGGAAGGCAUCUCGUCGUCUCAUCCCCGACUCUGCGAGCAGGUCCUCUCGUCUCUCGUCUCUGCCGACCGCGCCGCACCGCACCACACAACCCGACACCAUGGCCAUGUCGCUCGCUCGCUCCAUGAUCCGUUCGCCGGCUCUGCGGAUGGCAUCUCGCCGCUUCGAGAGCACCGCCGCCAGCAAGGCCAGCGAAGCCGCCAAGGAAACCGCCUCCAAGGCCCAGCAGGGCUUGUCACGCGUCACCAGCGCCGCCGGUCCUGCCAUUGCCGGCGCUGCCAGAGGCGUUGGCAAUGCUCUGGGCAAGAUUGGCGGCCGUACCGGACGUCUGAUUGCCUUUAUUGAGCGCCAAACCCCCUUCGUUGUCUACUACUCCAAGGUCGGCGCCGAGGUUGCCAAGCUGGUCUUCCAGGGCCAGAAGAUGAGCCCUCCCUCCGUUGCCACUUUCCAAAACACCUACCAGACCCUCUGGCGAUCCUUCCGGCGCGGCACCCUCUUCCAGUCGCCCCAGAACAUCCUCCAGCAGGCCCGCAACCUCAGCAACGCCCAGCUCGCCACCGCCGGUGUCGUUGCCGCCGAAUGUCUUGGUUUCUUCACCGUCGGCGAGAUGAUUGGCCGCUUCAAGAUUGUCGGAUACCACGGUGAGACCGCCUCGCACCAUUAA